AAAAAUGCAUUUAAAUAUAUACAGUUUAACUUAAAAGGCUUCAAAAGUUAAAUGUGUUAGUUGAAUUUUACGUCGAAUUGGAGCAAAAGCAAUGAACAAGUGAAAUAAGCUUUUCACUAAGACGUAUUUAAAUGGAUGUGGAAACCCCUACAAACCAUCCAUCAGUUUAGCAAAGCGGAUUGAAGCAGCUCUAAGAUGGAAUUCGCUCUUGGCGGAGUGGCCGCAAUGGGAGCGUGCAUCUUCACCAACCCUCUGGAGGUGUUGAAGACGCGCCUCCAACUCCAAGGCGAACUGAAGGCUAAAGGCCAGCAUGCGGUCCAUUACAAGAACGUUUUCCACGCUGGAUUUGUCGUAGUGAAAAACGACGGCCUGUUGGCCCUUCAGAAAGGUUUAGCGCCCGCCCUUUGGGUGCAGCUCGUCAUGAAUGGCUCGAGAUUGGGCGUGUACGGUUUUGCGGACUCUGCAGGCUACUUAAGAGACCAGAACGGCAACAUGAAGUUCUCAAAAAGUGUGCUAAUUACCGGAGCGGGAUCUGUUUUGGGGCAUUACCUGGCCAGCCCCUUAUUUCUAGUGAAAACCCAGCUGCAAUCGCAAGCGGCCGCUUCCAUUGCUGUCGGGCAUCAGCAUCGACUCACUGGUAGUGUCCAGGCCCUUAAGGAUAUUUACACAGCAAAUGGGAUUAAGGGCCUGUUUCGGGGAGCUGGAGCCACAAUUCCCCGGGCAUUUGUUGGCGGAUCCUCACAAAUUCUGUGCUUCGAAUACACCAAACAAUGGCUGGAUUAUUACCAAAUUACGAAUAAUCCGCUGCUAAAGUCCUUUGUGGGCAGCAUGGUUGGAGGGGCGGCAAUCAGCUUCAUGAUGACGCCGUUUGAUCUCAUUAUGACCAGGCUGUAUAAUCAGCCUGUUGAAGCAUCAGGUAAAGGAGUCCUGUACAGCGGCUACUUAGAUUGCGUAUCAAAAAUCUUCAAAUCAGAAGGGCUAACGGCGUUCUUCAAAGGCAUCGGGCCGAUGUAUCUUCGUCUCGGUCCUCAUACAGUGCUGUGUUUGAUGUUCUUCGACCAACUCCGAUCAGUCGCAUAUAAGAACUUUCCACCACAAUCCCAUAAGUUACACUGAUGAACGGAGAACAUUUUUAAACGAAAUUGAAUGAAGAUUAAGUUGCAGAUCAAAAUCUUCAUCGCUUCUUGUAUAAACUCUUUAUUUUUUUAGAUUUAUCACAUUACCAUUUUAUUUAUUUAUAACAAGUUCAGGUAUGUACAAUUUCUGAGAUUUAUGUGAGAAAGUUGCAGCCUUUAAUAAAAUUUGUGCAGCAGAACAAAAAAGGGGAAAUGAUGCCUUAUAUUUUAACAAAGUCCAAAAAAAUGGAAGGUAUACUUAAAAAUACAUAAUACAUUGUUAAGUAUUAAUAUUAGUUACAUAUGAUGUGGCAGUGUAUUAGGGGUUUUAUUAGGUUUUCGAAACGAAAAGUGAAAUCUUACUCUAAUAAAAAGUUUUGAAGACAA